AUGAGAGGGCAACGCGCCCCGCACCGCUCCGAGGGUGCCAGCCCUGGGGCCCCGCGGCCCGGCCGCGCCGCCCGCUCUUCGCUGCCGCUGCCGCCGCUGCUGCUGCUGCUGUGGACCGCGGCCUUGGCGCCGGGGGCGGCCGCCGGCGACGACGCGGUUCCCGCGGGGGCCUCGGUGUGCUACUCGUCCCCGCCCAGCGUGGGCUCGGUGCAGGAGCUGGCUCAGCGCGCCGCGGUGGUGAUCGAGGGAAAGGUGCACCCGCCGCGGCGGCAGCAGGGGGCACUCGACAGGCAGGCGGCGGCGGGCGAGGCAGGGGCGUGGGAAGGCGAGCGUCAGCUGCCAGCCGCUGGCCCGGGAGCGCUGGGGCCGCGCGCCCGGGAUCCGCUGCCCACUGCCAACGGGACCGUGCCCUCCUGGCCCACCGCCCCGGCGCCCAGCGUGGGCCCCCCGGGGGAAGAGGCUCCCUAUCUCGUGAAGGUGCACCAGGUGUGGGCGGUGAAAGCCGGGGGCUUGAAGAAGGACUCGCUGCUCACCGUGCGCCUGGGCGCCUGGGACCACCCCGCCUUCCCCUCCUGCGGGAGGCUCAAGGAAGACAGCAGGUACAUCUUCUUCAUGGAGCCCGACACCAACAGCAGCAGCCACGCGCCGGCCGCCUUCCGAGCAUCUUUCCCCCCUCUAGAGACUGGCCGGAACCUCAAGAAGGAGGUCAGCAGGGUGCUGUGCAAGCGGUGCGCCUUGCCUCUUCGAUUGAAAGAGAUGAGAAGCCAGGAGUCCGCGGCAGGCUCCAAGCUAGUGCUUCGGUGCGAGACCAUUUCUGAAUAUUCCUCUCUCAGAUUCAAGUGGUUCAAGAAUGGGAGUGAAUUAAACCGAAAGAACAAACCACAGAACAUCAAGAUACAAAAAAGGCCAGGGAAGUCAGAACUUCGCAUUAACAAAGCAUCACUGGCUGAUUCUGGAGAAUAUAUGUGCCAGGUGAUCAGCAAGUUGGGAAAUGACAGUGCCUCCGCCAAUAUCACCAUCGUGGAUUCAAACGAGAUCGUCACUGGCAUGCCAGCCUCAACUGAAAGGGCAUAUGUGUCUUCAGAGUCUCCCAUUAGAAUAUCAGUAACAACCGAAGGAGCAAACACUUCUUCAUCUACAUCGACAUCUACAACUGGGACAAGUCAUCUUGUAAAAUGUGCAGAGAAGGAGAAAACGUUCUGUGUGAAUGGAGGCGAGUGCUUCAUGGUGAAGGACCUUUCAAACCCCUCAAGAUACUUGUGCAAGUGCCCAAAUGAGUUUACUGGUGAUCGCUGCCAAAACUACGUAAUGGCCAGCUUCUACAAAGCGGAGGAGCUCUACCAGAAGAGGGUGCUGACCAUCACCGGCAUCUGCAUCGCCCUGCUCGUGGUCGGCAUCAUGUGUGUGGUGGCCUACUGCAAAACCAAGAAGCAGAGGAAAAAGCUCCAUGACCGGCUUCGGCAGAGUCUGCGGUCUGAGCGAAACAACAUGGUGAACAUAGCCAACGGGCCUCACCACCCGAAUCCACCCACCGAGAACGUGCAGCUGGUGAAUCAAUAUGUAUCUAAAAACAUCAUCUCCAGUGAGCAGAUCGUUGAACGAGAAGUGGAGACAUCUUUUUCCACCAGUCACUAUACCUCGACAGCUCAUCAUUCCACUACUGUCACCCAGACUCCUAGUCACAGCUGGAGCAAUGGACACACCGAAAGCAUCAUUUCCGAAAGCCACUCUGUAAUCAUGAUGUCAUCAGUAGAAAACAGUAGGCACAGCAGCCCAACUGGGGGCCCGAGAGGACGUCUUAAUGGCAUAGGAGGCCCUCGUGAAUGUAACAGCUUCCUCAGGCAUGCCAGAGAAACCCCUGACUCCUACCGAGACUCUCCUCAUAGUGAAAGGUAUGUGUCAGCCAUGACCACCCCGGCUCGUAUGUCACCUGUAGAUUUCCACACGCCAAGCUCCCCCAAAUCGCCCCCUUCGGAAAUGUCUCCACCUGUGUGCAGCACGACAGCGUCCGUGCCCUCCAUGGCCAUCAGCCCCUUUGUGGAAGAAGAGAGACCUCUGCUUCUGGUGACGCCGCCCAGGCUGCGGGAAAAGUGCGACCACCACCCUCAGCAGUUCAACUCCUUCCACCACAACCCCGCGCAUGAGAGCAACAGCCUUCCCCCUAGCCCCUUGAGGAUAGUGGAGGAUGAGGAGUAUGAAACGACCCAGGAGUACGAGCCAGCUCAAGAACCUGUUAAGAAACUCACCAACAGCCGGCGGGCCAAAAGAACCAAGCCCAAUGGCCACAUUGCCAGCAGGUUGGAAAUGGACAGCAACACAAGCGCUGAGUGCAGUAACUCAGAGAGUGAAACAGAAGAUGAGAGAGUAGGGGAAGCCACACCUUUCCUGGGCAUGCAGAACCCCUCGGCAGCCAGUCUCGAGGCGGCGCCUGCCUUCCGCCUGGCUGAGAGCAGGACUAACCCAGCAGGCCGCUUCUCUACACAGGAAGAUUUGCAGGCCAGGCUGUCUAGUGUAAUCGCUAACCAAGACCCUAUCGCUGUAUAAAACCUGAAUAAACACAUAGAUUCACCUGUAAAACUUUAUUUUAUAUAAUAAAGUAUUCCACCUUAAAUUAAACAAUUUAUUUUAUUUUAGCAGUUCUGCAAAUAGAAAACAGGAAAAAAAAACUUUUAUAAAUUAAAUAUAUGUAUGUAAAAAUGUGUUAUGUGCCAUAUGUAGCAAUUUUUUACAGUAUUUCAAAAUGAGAAAGAUAUCAAUGGUGCCUUUAUGUUAUGUUAUGUCAAGAGCAAGUUUUGUACCAUUACCGUGAUUGCUUUUCCACAGUAUUUCCGCAAAACCUCCCAUAUAUUCAGUUUUUGCUGGCUUCUCGUGCAUUGCAUUAUGAUGUUGACUGGAUGUAUGAUUUGCAAGACUUGCAACUGUUCCUCUGUUUGCUUCCAGUAGUCCCCAGUCGGUCAGUACGUCUUGUAACGGCACAUCCAUCCAAAUACUCUCCUCUUUUGUACGAAGUUUUGUUUUGCUUUCAGUAUAUGAGAUGAGUUGUGUCUACUCUGCCAGCCAAAGGUUUGCUUCACUGGGCUCUGAGAUAAUAGUAGAUCCAACAGCAUGCUACUAUUAAUUGCAGCAGGAAACUGCAUUAAGUAAUGUUACAUAUUAGGAAGAAAGUAAUAUUCUCAUUAAAAAAAACUAUAUUGUUAAUCAGAAGACAGCUUGCUCUCACUCAAAGGAGCUACCAUUGACUUGAUUUCAAUUUAUUUUUCUUGAUAAGCAAGCCACGGUUUGGGUGGGUAGGAAAGAAAUUGUGUUCUGGCUUGCUAUUGGGGUAAGUCCAACCCCUUACAAGAGGACUCAAUGUCACUUUACUCUGGGGGAAUGACACAGCAGCUCAUGUAGUUGAAGAUCAAACCAUGGCUGAGAAAGGGGCAAUCAUUCCUGACUUGUAUUUUUCACCGAUUUCAGAGCCAGUGAUUGGCUGUGUCUUCUUGGCUCAAAACAGACAUACUAUGGCACAAAAUCCCAGCUUAAACAGCACACUCAGCAGUUUGUCUGAAAUACUUCUAGACUGAAAUGUGCCUGCUGUUCAUAGUGGUGACUUGUCAUCGUGGGGAAACAGAGUGUCUAGAAGGAGUGACCGUGUAGAGACACAGGUGGAGAGCAGCUGUGUGACUGGGUUGCAAUUUCAUACAGUUUUGUUGACCACUCCUUUCUCCUCAUUCUUUUCUCUUGUUUUUCAAUGUUGCCUUGAUUAGGUCAUAACUAUGCAUGAACAUUCUUGUCAGGAAUGGCCAAUGUGCAUGAGAUUUGUGAUUAGUAAGAACCUUCCGCGAGCCGUGCUUUGCCAGGAAGCAUCAGUGGUGUUGGAAGAUGGCACAUUUCCUUGCAGAAAUGGCCCCUCUUGUGUACUGACCUCUCAAUUCACAGCCUGUAUCACCCAUUUCCCCCCUUCCUUACUUUUUGCUUUACUGCCACAGAACAGGACUGAGGUGGGCCUAAACGUUGCAUGUUCUCUUGUGAUUGUAAAUGCAAGGCCUAUAGGUAUUGACAUUUGAAAUAAGUGCUAAUCUAGGAAAAUCAGAGAUUUUUUAAAAAAAUCAGAGGCUCUAUUUAAUGACCUGCCUGAAAUCUGUCAAAUUAAGUUGGAGCUUUAUUUAGGUUCCAAGGAGACUUCUAGGAACCACGUGACAAAAUGGGAAACAGGUUAGCACGGGGAUCAAAAUACCAGGCAUGCAGUCAAUGAGAGUAACUGCUUCUUGUUUGAAGGUGAACUGAACCUAUUUCUUCCCCAGGCUCCUACGUUAAAGGUAAAGGGAAGAAAUAUCAUGCAAGUAGGUCUUAGAAGAAAGAUGCUGACUGAGAUGAGUCCUGUCAUUGAGCUCCUACAUGUCUCUGCCAUGCACAGAGAUGACUGUCUGCAGGUGCUUGAUGUCACUCUGAGUGUUUGGUCUCCCAAGCUGCCUUUCAUUGUUCACAUGCCACUUUCUCCGUGUCCAGCAGUGCCCGAGUCAGCUUGUUAACCCACAGGGAAGAGCCCCUCACAGGCUGCCUAAGUUGCACUGAUUUUCCAGGUCUGUAGAAAUGAGUGCACUCAUGGCAGGAGCAGGAAGACAAGUCAACAUGAAGAAGUUCUAUAGAUUAUUCUAAUAUUUGAAGGGCUUGAGUCAGCCUUAGACUGUUUCAAUAAAAAACUUCCUAUCAUGAAUUAAAACUCUAAAAUUUCUGUUUCAAAUUCUAUAGGCUUUGCAGUAUUCAAAUGCCUCAUUCUGGAGAAUUUUGGGAAUACAUAAAAUCUAUUGAGAUCAAUGACCAACAUUUUCAUCAGUUUGAAAAUAGCUGUAAAUUUUCAUGUUGCAAAAAUAUGUGAAAAUUUAGGUAAAGAGGAAAUUUCAUUUCCAACUUGAUUCUGGCCACUCACAGAAGUGGCAUUAGUCAGGACAGCAUCACCAUCUGUAAAGUAAGAGCUUCCCUCAAUGAGAAAGGCCAGCUGACUCCUCAGGGUUAUCUGCUGCAGCCGCCAACUUUGUGUUCACAGGGGCAUCUCUAUGAUGUUUAAUUGCCACAUGGCUCUCAACCAACCCUGUUUAUAAACACAGGCAGUGCUAUGGCAAUUCAAAGGAGUGUGAACCUAUGUUCCCAGCCUACGAAAAGCUUUCAUGGGUUUUUGGGCAGUGGAAAUUGCCCAAAAGUUCAACAGCAACUUUCCUCCCCUGGGUCUGAAAUCAUAUCCCACUGAGGGGUAUGCAAUGGAACAUAGUAUAUGCAAAACUCCUUUUUCUCACUCAAGAUUCCUUUUCUGUCCUACCCUUCCUUUCUGCCUGGUAUGACUUUUCUUCAAGAGCACCUGAACAGUCUCAUGCUUUCUACAAAAUAGCACUCAACCUGGGUGUGUGCGAAUGUGUUUCAAACACCAACAUGCUGUAUCUUCUUCGUUUAAGUGUGACUGUCUUGAUAUAAGUGGAGUUUAUCCAGGGUAACUUGCUCAGUAAUUCUUUUUUUGGUCUGGGGUUGAAAGGUGCAUGGUUCACACUGGUGAAAAUAAGAAAGGCCUGGUUUUUUCAUUCAGUGCUGGCUGCAUUCCACCAGCCGCAAAGAUUUCUAUCUACAAAGACCCAUGAAAAACACUGCAGAGAAAUGCAGACAAAAGGAAAUGGCCACAUAUCACAAGUUCUAUUAUAUAUUCUUUUGUAAAUACAUAUUGUACAUUACUUGGAUGUUUUCCUAAAUCAUUUACUGUCUUUAUGAGUUAAUGUCAGAUUUUUACUCUCUCAACUUACUG